GACCACAGUAUCAAAUUCAUUCAAUACGUAAUAAAAUUAUAGUUUAUUCUUUGUCACACAUUAUUUUGAAAUAAAUAUAGUGAUAAAACAGAAUUAUUAUACAAAUUACACAAUAAAAUUGUUCCUUAAUGCUGUUUACAGUUAGUAGUUGGUAGAAACAACGUAUUUAUUUUCUGCUAUUCAUGUAAGUGAACAGCUGAGUUUUGUUUUCAUUGCGUAUGUAACAUCAUCCAUCAAUUUUAUAUGAUCACAGAUUACCGUCGCAAGUUUAUACUUUAUUUGAAGGAGCACUGGAGAGUUAACAACAAUGAAUGAAAUAAAAUCUUUAGAACAUGCGACUUUGAAGGUGCCCUACGAGGUCUUCAACAAGAAGUAUCGUAAUGCCCAGCGUGUAUUUGAUGUAGAAGCACGACAGGUUGUGGCAGCCGUUGGUGACUUGGAUACAGCAGUCAAGAACGGUUCUACAGCCGGAGAAAUCAACACAUUACUGGGUGGCAUGGUGGAGAAACUAACAACAAUGAAGAGGAAAGCUUCGGAUGCAAUAACAGAGGAGGUGCAAGCAGCAUUUGUCUGCAAGAAACGUUUGGAACACUUGAAGGAGCAGGCGGAGGCUAUCGCUGAACCAAAUGUAGCACAUAAUAAGACCGCAAUGACUCAGUGGCGUAAAGUGCGCUUGGACAGAAUGAUAGUGGAUUACUUCCUACGCAAUGGAUAUUACGACUCGGCCGCUAAACUUGCUGAAACUCGGAACCUUAAAGAUUUGACCAAUGUCGAGAUCUACGCGGCGGGCGCGCUGGUGGAGCGCGAGCUGGCGGCGCGGCGCACGGCGCGCUGCCUGCAGUGGUGCGCCGACAACCGCUCCAAGCUGCGCAAGCUCGGCUCCACCAUGGAGUUCAACACGCGCAUACAGGAGUUCAUAGAAUUAGUUCGUGAGGACAAGCGCCUGGAAGCGGUGCGCUACGCUAAGAAACACUUCUCAACAUAUGAGGACGGGCAGUUAGAGGACAUACAGCAUUGCAUGGGCAUGCUCGCUUUCCCCAAGGAUACAGAGGUGGAGCCGUACCGGCGGCUGCUGGGCGCGGCGCGCUGGGGCGCGCUGGUGGCGCAGUUCCGCUGGGAGCACGCGCGGCUGCUGCACCCGGCGCGCCUGCCCGCGCUGCCCGUGGCGCUGCAGCUGGGGCUGGCGGCGCUGAACACGCCGCAGUGCUACGCCGAGAGCACCAAGGUGUCGGGCUGCCCCGCGUGCCAGCCGCCGCUCAACGCGCUGGCCGCCACGCUGCCGCACGCGCACUGCUCGCACUCGCGCCUCGUGUGCCGCCUCUCGCGCCUGCCGCUCAACGAGCACAACCAGCCCAUGGUGCUGCCCAACGGCCAGGUCUACGGCGAGAAGGCGCUAAAAGAAAUGAUGAAGGAGCACGGCUCCAUAAUCUGCCCCAAGACGAAGGAGGUCUUCUGCAUGAAGCGCGUGGAGAAGGUGUACGUUAUGUAAUGUGUGGAACUCAUCGGCUAUUUUAAGUGGCGUUUAAACAAACCCACACUAGUUUAUAUUGCAUUGUAUUAAAACGUGUAUUUUUACUUUUUUAUAUUUUUAGUCAUAUGCAUGUCUUAUUUUGUGCAUUUUUUGGCUCAUCUAUUGUUUUUACUUCAUUUCAACAGGAUUUAUGAUUAGGAAUAAAACUCGGAAUUAUCGAUAUUGUCAUUUAUUUUACUUCCGUGUGGGUUUUUUUAGUUUUCCUUUCGAAUAUUUUUUUAUUUUCUACUCUACUGCCAAUCUCAAUUAUUUGCGUGUAAAUACGCGGUCUGCGAUUGUCCAAUGCACGCUGUGUUUCAUUUAAGCAAUAUAAAAAGUUACGAGUAAAGGAUUGUAUGAAAUACUGUAUAACAUUGUAUGAUGUAACUCAAUAAAGUGAUUUUAAGUCA